AUGGCCGCGUACUUGACGCACCAGCAGAAGGUGCUGCGGCUGUACAAGAAAUCCCUGCGGCACCUCGAGUCCUGGUGCAUCCAUCGAGACAAGUACCGCUACUUCGCCUGCCUCCUGAGGGACCGGUUCGAUAAGAACAAGAAUGUGAAGGAUAUGGUGAAAGCCACCGAGCUGCUGAAGGCCGGCGAGGAGGAGUUCUGGGCCAACCAGCACCCGCAGCCGUACGUGUUCGCCGACUCCCCCGGCGGCGUUGCCUACGAGAGAUACGAAAUGUACAAGAUUCCUGAAUGGUCCUUGGAUUUCUGGCACCCUUCUGAGAAGGCAAUGUAUCCUGAUUACUUUGCCAAACGAGAGCAGUGGAAGAAGCUGCAGCGGGAGAGCUGGGAAAGAGAGAUUAAGCAGCUACAAGAAGAAACUCCAGCUGAUGGUCCAAAAACUGAAGCUUUGCCUCCAGCUCGUAAGGAAGGGCAUCUGCCCCCCAUGUGGUGGCAUCACGUCACUCGACCUCGUGAACAGCCCAUGUGA